CGUGCGUGACUUUAGUUUAGGUAACAACCUAUGUUCAACCGGGGCAGCUUCCUCGGGGUCUCUCUUGCGUAACUUCAGGCACUCUAUUCCUCCCUCCAUCUCUCAGACCCGCAAGCAGCACCAUGUUUGCCGUCCGAAACGUUCUCCGCCUCGGCUCCAGACUAUCCAUCCCCGCCGUGGCACGAAGGGGAUGCGCCGGGGCUACCAUCCCGGUGGACGAUGUGGUGAAUGGACUCACCGAAGAUCAGAUACAGCUUAGGCAGUCGGUUCGUAAAUUCUGUGCAGAAAAACUUGCACCUUAUGCUGAUGAGAUUGACAAGACCAAUGAAUUUCCAGGAAUGCGGGAUUAUUGGAAAGAUAUGGGAGAGAUGGGACUCCUUGGGAUCACUGCUCCAGAGGAAUAUGGGGGCACAGGACUGGGCUACCUAGAUCACGUCAUUGUUAUGGAGGAAAUGUCACGAGUGUCAGCGGCCAUUGCUCUUAGUUACGGUGCCCACUCUAACCUCUGUGUCAAUCAGAUGGUGCGCCACGGAAAUGAGAAACAGAAAGAGAAGUACAUGCCAAAGUUAAUGACAGGGGAGCAUGUAGGAGCCCUGGCCAUGAGUGAGCCCAACGCUGGGUCGGAUGUCGUGUCUAUGAAACUGAAAGCUGAGAAGAAAGGCGACUACUAUGUUCUGAAUGGAAACAAGUUCUGGAUCACAAACGGGCCAGAUGCCGACGUCCUUAUUGUUUAUGCCAAGACAAAUCCUGAGGCCCAUCAAAAAGGCAUCACAGCUUUCAUUGUUGAAAAGGGAAUGCCAGGAUUCUCCACAGCACAGAAGCUCGACAAACUCGGCAUGAGGGGAUCCAACACGUGUGAGCUGAUCUUUGAAGACUGCAAAGUCCCAGAGAAGAACAUCCUGGGUCCGUUGAACAAAGGUGUUUAUGUGAUGAUGAGUGGCCUGGAUCUGGAGAGGCUGGUCCUCUCAUCAGGACCUAUUGGCAUCAUGCAGGCAGUUUUGGACUUUUCGGUUCCUUACCUCCAUGUUAGAGAAGCUUUCGGUCAGAAGAUUGGACACUUUCAGCUAAUGCAAGGCAAGAUGGCUGACAUGUACACCAGACUGAGCUCCUGCCGACAGUAUGUGUACAACGUCGCCCGGGCUUGUGACAAGGGACACUUCAGUGCAAUGGACUGUGCUGGAGUGAUUCUGUAUUGCGCUGAGAACGCCACUCAGGUUGCUUUGGAUGGCAUUCAGUGUUUAGGUGGUAAUGGCUACAUCAAUGACUACCCCAUGGGACGUUUUCUGCGCGAUGCAAAGCUUUAUGAAAUCGGUGCAGGCACAAGUGAAGUACGUCGGCUCAUCAUUGGACGAUCCUUCAAUGCCAUGUUCAAAUAGGCCAAACUGAGAAAAUCCUUAAAGACUGAUUGAGCUGUUUGCCGUGAAUGAACACAGUUACUCACACACAGGGCCUUACUGUACAUCGUAUGAAAUGUUGCUGCUGUUGGGAUGUUGUUGGGUUUUUGUAUGUUUUCAGAAUCUGUCACCUCGGAUUUUAAUUCAUAUAUAAUAUACAUGAAAUCAUUCUGUAGAGAUAGCACCUACUGAAAGGUUAACAGUUACUGACAGGCAAAACAAAUGAAGUCAUGAUGAUGAUGAUGUCAUUUUGCUUUUCAUAUCAGGCUGACUCAGUCACUUGAUAACCACUGAAAUGCCAAUAAAGCAAUAAAGCUAUUAUUGUCUAACUUAUAAAUAGGCAGAAUCACACUUGUAAUAUUUUCCUGUCAUGUGAUGAAGUCAAAUGAGCGUGUGGAAAUUUUUAAGGUAGUUGUACACCAGUUAAUCCAUCUUGUAAUUUCAGCUGGAUGAGAUGAAAAUGAUUUUGGUGCUGUGUCGAACACUCCUGUUUGAGCUCCAAAACUGCUGCUGCCAAGAGUUUUGGCACCAGUAUUUGGAUGGAAAUGUACUUUCUCCUUCAACCAAUCAAGUUGGCGUUUCAACUGUUGUAAGAACAAAUGGUUUCUGAUUACUGUUCCAUUAUCAUAAAUGUAUAAAAAUCAGCAAAUUGGUGAUUUUUCGAGGCUGUAGGCUGCACUGGUAGGAGCUUGGUGUUGCUCCAGGACACUUGGCUGCACUUAUGUUGCUGGAAUAAAACUCAAGAACAUCCAGUAAUUACCUCCUCUAACCAUAACGGUGUUUAUCACUACAGCUAAUUUAAAAAGCCUCAUGAUUCUACUUUAAUUACAUAAACAAGUGGGUCUUUUAUAUACCUUCCCCUUGGGUCAAAUCUUCAGAAACUCCCUUUCAUGAUUCAGUGCACACUGAAGUGUUUUUCGUCAAUGAGGAAAAAGAUGUGAGUACUCUGUUGUAGAGAAUCAUAAAAAACCUGUUUGUUUGUUUUUGGGAGCAAACAUAUUCCACUGUUGUAUACCAUCUGUUUGUUUGUCUUCUCAUCUCCAAAGGACUUUGAUCAUAGCUGUCAGUGUGUAGAUGUACAGAAUGUAAGGAAUAUAGUGGUUUUGUUUGUAGUAAAUAAA